AUGGCUCCUGUGGCUACCGCCUUUCUUCUGCUGGCAUUCAGCCAAUGCAUUCCUGCUGCGCUGAUCACCAAUCUUCCUGGAGCACCAAACGCAAAUUUCAAGCAGUAUUCGGGCUACUAUACGGUAGGGUCCACAAAAAAUCACCAACUGCACUAUUGGUUUGUUGAAUCACAGAAUAAUCCAGCAACAGACCCGCUAUUAGUGUGGUUGACCGGCGGACCAGGAUGUUCUGGCCUAUCUGCUCUCUUGACCGAGUGGGGACCAUUUAUGGUCAACGAUGAUGGGGCAACGCUAAGGACUAAUCCCUACUCAUGGAACAAAAAGGCUUCUAUACUCACACUGGAAUCUCCUGCUGGAGUAGGAUACUCAUUUGCUACUGAUAACAAGUUGAAGACUGGAGAUGACCAGACUGCUAGCGAAAACUGGGAAGCUUUGGUGGCAUUCUUCAACGGGUUUCCACAGUACAAGAAUAAUGAUUUUUACGUCACUGGAGAAUCUUACGGAGGUGUCUAUGUUCCUAUGCUCAUGCAGACAAUUCUCGACAGGCAAAAUCAAACUCAUAUCAACAUCAAGGGUUUCGCAAUCGGGAAUGGUUGCGUAUCGGAAAACGACGGUACAGAUGCUUUGGUUAACUUUGAGUAUGCCCGCGGAAUGAUUGAUGAUAGGCGAGUUUACGACUUGCACAAAUGGGAGCGGAUAAAAUCGCAGUGCUGCAAUAACGAUACCGAUGGAUGUCCAUUCCAUUCAUUCAACGAACUUAGUUCAUGUGGCGUGUUUGUCCAGACCACAACGACUAGUGCUUGGGAAGGCGGUAUCAAUCCUUAUAAUAUGUAUGAUAAUUGUGUAAACACACCCGGAACUGAAGUAUCAACGCGAUUCCGUUUGGAGUAUAAACUCCGUACAGGAAAGGAGCUGGAUGUGUCCCAGCUUUCUACUGUACCAUGCAUGAACGAGACGGCUGUCACCGUAUACCUUAAUAGACCAGAUGUUCGUAAAGCCAUCGGAAUACCUACUUCACUAGGACCAUGGGCUAUCUGCAGUGACACCAUCAGCAAUACUUAUAAUCGACAGUAUGGAGAAAUGGCAUCACGGGUAAAGAAUGCACUGAAUCAGGGGCUUAGAGGAAUGAUCUACAGUGGUGAUGUUGACAUGGCUUGCAAUUUCCUGAUGGGACAAAGAUUUUCGCGCAAACUGGGCCUCCAAGAAGUCCAAAACAAGAAGCAUUACAUAGUUGAUGGACAAGUUGGAGGCUAUCACACCGAAUAUCAAAAUCUCCAUUUUGUGACAGUUAGGGGCGCUGGUCAUAUGGUCCCCACCGACAAGCCAUCCGUCGCAUAUCACAUCUUAGAUUCAUUCUUGUAUAAAAAGAGCUUCUGA